CGCGCGUAUCAGAGCCAGCGCGUCGGCAAAUAACCUCAUUCUACAUACUGACUGUUAUUUAGAAGGUCUUCUCCUCUCAUCUACCGUCGGUUUAAAUAAGUCACACAGAAGAAGAGUGAUCCACAGACCAACUACCGCCAUGGCUGCGCUUUCCGGAGGAGAGACGUGCAUCAAAUACCUGAUGUUCACGUUCAAUCUAGUCUUUUGGCUUGCAGGUACCGCUGUCUUUGCUAUAGGCCUGUGGCUGAGAUUUGACCCUAAAACCAAAGGCUUGUUUGAAGGACCUGACUCUCCCUAUGUGUUUUACACAGGUGUGUAUAUCCUGAUAGGAGCAGGAGCUCUGAUGAUGGUGGUGGGUUUCCUUGGAUGUUGUGGGGCCAUUCAGGAAUCCCCCUGUAUGCUGGGACUGUUUUUCUUCUUCCUGCUCAUCAUAUUUGCUAUUGAGGUGGCAGCUGGUAUCUGGGGAUUCUCCAACCAAAGCCAGGUGGUGAAUGACAUCACAACAUUUUACCUGCAAACCCACAAAAACUACCUGGAAACACAAGACCAGCGCCUCAGAGAGACACUGAUUGUGAUUCAAAAAGGGCUGAACUGUUGUGGUCCAUCAAAUAAACCAGAAGACGCUGCCAAGGAAACGUGCCCCCAGCGAGAGCUGCUUGAAGACCUCAUUACUAAGAGCUGCCCCGAUGCCAUUGAUGAGGUCUUUGACUCCAAGCUGCACAUCAUCGGAGGAGUGGGCGUCACUAUUGGUGUUGUUAUGGUGUUCGGGAUGAUCUUUAGCAUGCUCCUGUGCUGCGCCAUCAGGAAGUCUCGGGAGGUGGUGUGACAUCUGCCCUCACAUUCUUUAGCCCUUUUAAUGUUGCAUGAUGUCAUUCCUAGAGUCACGUGACUCUCCACUGCCAAUAGAGACACUGCUUACCCAAGAAUGGAAACCUGAGAUAAGCUGGGUGCAGACAUUUCUGACUAUUACAUUAUACAUUAUCAAUAACUGUGCUGCUGACACUUAGAGCCACCUUACUGGACUAUGUACAUGCAAUGUGGUUAUAUGGCCCAACUAUAACAUGGGUGUCAUCUGUGCUUCAAUGACUAUGUAGUACGGAGAUGUGUAAUUUUGUGGUCAUUUGAUUGAAAAUAGUACCUGUGAACUUCAAAUUAUAUAGACUAAAGAUCGUGUUAUUGUGUACUGGUCACAUUUUGCACCUCUUGGCGGGAAUAGUCACAGACCAGGGCCAUCCAAAACACACAAUCACUUUAGCACAGUACAACAACCAAUGCAACUUCAUUCGCAACUCUUUUCUUAAAGACACAGAAAUCAAACAGCAGUGACUAGUAGCCAAUUCAGUGCUGGGCUGUGAACUAUUUAUUUUUUCAGCUUGGUAUUAGGGUUGCAUUUUGUUUUCUCAUUGUGUAAAUUGUUUUUUCUCUUUCAUUUCAUUCUCUUAACAUGCCCUUUACAAAAUCGCCUUUAAUUCUGUCACUUUUUUUAAUGUGUUUUUUUAUAUGUAAAAAGAAAAUGGCACUUAGCUCGUUGUUUGCUACAUUGGUUCGAUGAUGUGUUUUAUAAUGUCAUUAUCAUUUGAAAGAGACUGGAUUGAUUUAUACCAUAUGCACUAUGUUUUACAGAGACAACCAAAUAAAGUUAACAUACUGCGUGGA